ACGACCCCCGCCCGCCCCCCGCUGGGCUGGGAAUAACUCCGGACAAUGCUUCAGUGUUCCAGCUGUGAAAAGCCUAUUCUCGAUAGGUUCUUGCUCAAAGUUCUGGACAGACCGUGGCACAUAAAAUGUGUCCAGUGCUGCGAAUGCAAAUGCACUUUGUCAGAGAAGUGUUUUUCACGAGAAGGGAGACUGUAUUGUAAGAAUGACUUCUUUAGGACGUUUGGGACCAAGUGUGACGGUUGUGCCCAAGGGAUUUUACCCAGUGAUCUUGUCCGCAGGGCCAAGAGCAAAGUGUUUCACCUGAACUGUUUCACGUGCGUGAUGUGCAACAAACAGCUGUCCACCGGAGAGGAACUGUACAUCCUGGACGAAUUCAAGUUUGUUUGUAAGGAGGACUAUCAGAAUAACAAUGGAAAAGACACAAUCCUCCUUUCAGUCACGACGUGCAGCGACCCGAGCCUCUCUCCGGGAUCCCAGGACCCGCAGGACGACGGCAAGGACUCGGAAGCGGGACAUUUGUCCGACAAAGACAACGACAACAACAACAACAACAACAACAACAACGAGAAUGACGAGCAGGGCGCCGUCGGGAAACGACGCGGGCCUCGGACCACCAUCAAAGCCAAGCAGCUGGAGACGCUGAAAGCGGCUUUCGCGGCAACGCCGAAACCCACCAGGCACAUCAGGGAGCAGCUGUCCCGGGAGACCGGCCUCACCAUGAGAGUCAUCCAGGUUUGGUUCCAAAAUCGUCGGUCCAAAGAGAGACGCAUGAAGCAGCUGAGCUCGCUCGGCGGCCGCAGACACGUGUUUUUCCGCGGCCAGAGGAGGAUGAGGGCGCUGGGAGAGAGACUGGAGGCAGAGGAGCUUGGACACUUUUCCUAUUAUGGAGACUAUCCCGGUGAAUACUAUGGCUCAGGGGGGAAUUAUGAGUACUACCAAGGCCCACCCUCGUCCCAUGCUCAGACUCCUGCAGACUUGGGUUUUGUGCCCUCCUCUGUGCCUGCUGGUACCCCGUUAGGAGCAAUGGACCACCACCACCCAGGGCACCAUUUUCCCGGAGAGGUGCACUGUUUCUCUGACACGGUCUCUCACCAUCCCGCGGACUCACCCAGUCCGGAGCCCAAUAUGCCGGGCUCAAUGCACAGCAUCUCUAGCGAGAUGUGUGGCCCCAGCACGCCCUACACGACUGUCUCCCUCAGUGACAACGGAUACACCAACCAGCUGUCACAACCCUCCUCAGAAAUGAGCGAAGGCACUGUCUGGUAAACCGGCCGGCACCAAACUACAAAGGCACAUUUGGAUUUUGAAGGCAAAUCUACUUCAAAUCAUUUUUUUUGAUUAUUUAUUUAUUUGUUUGUUUAAUUGUCUUUUUUAUUUAUUUAUUUAUCCGCUUGCAUUUUUGUUAAGCUAUAUUUAAGUAUUUAUAAAUCUCUAUAUUUCUAUGUGGUUAUAAUUGUUUAUUGACUAGCCAAUCAAUAGAUUGUUUUAAUGUGAAUUUGACUCAUGAAUACGUUCACAGUGCUGGGCCUCAUUGAUCAAGCAAUAAACAACCAUAUUUAUAUGCUGCAAAUUCUUUUUUUUUGCCACAUAUUUGAUGCUAUUGUCAAUGAAAUGUUAAUGUGAAGGCGCAUGAGAGCAUUUAAAAAAAAAAAAAAACUUUUCAGUGUUCAACACAUAAUGACAAACAGCGCCCUCAAUCCACGAGUUCAUGUUUUAUACAAGAUAUUAUUAUUUAAUAACAGACUAUGAUUGUGAUGUUCAAUAUAUUUGACCAAAUACCUCUCUCAGGACUGGAAACAUUGUUUUUUUUUCUAAAUAUUUAGUAAUUUUCCCUUUUCAAUUAUUUAAUUACCAUCACAUAUUUGCCUUCAAAUGGAUAUCUUAAAAUUGUAUAAGUAACAAAACAGGAUUUUACUUUAACAUGAGUCCAACGUUUUAUACAAGAGUAUAGAACAGUCAACAGUUUACUUAAAGCUCCAGUAUCCAGGGGUUUGAAUAUCAGCAUUGUGUUAAACCGAUGGACAGACCAUUUACUGCAAACCAAACCAAACUGUUGUAGCCGCUCUAUUUCACUUGCUGUGCUGGUUUGUUCCACGUCCUCAUAAAAAAACAAAAACUGAAAUGGCUAAUGAAAACUUUGCCAAGCGAAUGCGCGGCAAAACCCUUUGUGAGAAGCAGCGUUUCUUAGGUGUUCACUUCCCUUCCUAAUUAUCUGAAAACAGUCAUUUGCAGCUCAGUUGGCCGAACAACCGGGAAUUAAACUGUUUUUCUGUUUUAAUGGAUCAAAAUGUCAUAUUACUCACAUUGAUGAUCUCAUACACUGCCAGCAGCAGCAAUGUUGUUUUAUGAGACAUACUUGAUUGUUCCAAUUAAGUUUAUGAGAGUAAUGUUUACGACCAUUCACUGUAUAAUAAAACAUAUAUUGAACGUUUUUAUUUGUUAAUCAAUUUGAAGAGGGACAAAAUAUAGUAGUAGUUCUGUUAAGUAUGGGAGAUGCUGGACUUUUUUGAGGUUAUUAGGGAAUCGAUUAUGUAAACAACAUAUGAUUCAAACAGUGUUGGAACUUUUAUUAUCAUCCUCCUUGUGUUCUGAUGAAACCAGUGGCAGUACUUAGUUAGCUGAAUAAAUAUGCAUACAAACCUAAA